UUCUGAGCGCGCCAGUGAACUGACGAACGCGCCGAGAACUGCUUGUUUUCCUCAUUGACGAUCCAUUAAGGUUGACAAAAGGCACGGAGAAGAGUGAUAAGGAAUUGUUGGCCGUCUGGAGAUCACGUGUGCGAUGAUCGUGCCAAAACUACUCGCCCUGGCGGUGUUCAUUCCGGCCGUUCUGGGCAGCUCACCUCUGAAGAAAGUGGCAGAAUGGUACGACUUGGAGUAUGAGUUCCCUACGGCUAUGGACCGCCAGAAUGCUAUCAUCCAGAAGAAGUACAUCCCCGGAAAUGGCGUGCCAAUCGACGUGGAUGUGGCGUACAGAAACAUGGGAGGAUCGCUGAUCUUCGUGACAGUGCCACGUUUCACCAAUGGCAUUCCCGUCACCUUGGGCACGAUCUCCGGCAUGUCGACAUCCAUGGGGCCCAUGAUCCGCGCAUAUCCGGACUACGCGUCGCAGAGCAGCCAUGGAGCCAGGUGCGAUGGCAUUACAUCCGUCUUUCGCGUCAGCGUGGACAAGUGCAAACGUCUCUGGGUGCUGGACACAGGGAGGAUCGGCGAUGACGUGCUCUGUCAGCCACAGAUACUGGUCUACGAUCUCAACACUGACUACAAGCUCCGCCAGUAUCGCAUCCCGAUGUCCCAGGUCACUAAGUCAUCGCUCCUCGUCACUUCCGUGGUGGAUGUGCGGAACAGUGGAUGCGACCAGACGAUGGUCUACAUUGCCGAUGUCACGGGCUUUGGAUUAAUUGUGUACGACUACAAGCGCAACAAGUCCUGGAGAGUGAAUAACAAGCUCUUCUAUCCUCAUCCCAAAUUCGGCACAUUCACCAUCAAGGGCGAAUCCUUUGAUCUGAUGGACGGCGUUCUGGGCCUGGCCAUUUCCCCGCCUGUGUCAAGAACCCAGAGAGGCGGAUACGGUCUCUUCUUCCCGCCGUACGGAGAUCCUUACGACUACCAGAACAGCGUCCUGCCGCCGACCGAUCGACUCCUCUUCUUCCACGCUCUCGCCUCAGCCACGGAGAACGCUGUUCCCUUGUCCUUGCUGGACAACUCAACCAUCUGGGAGAACAAUCCCGACGACAUGCCCAGAAGCUUCAGGGAAAUCGGCUACAGAGGCACUCAGAGCGCAGCCGAGGCCGUGGAUCAGCACGGGAAUCUCUUCUUCGGCCUCAUGAAUCCCAUCGCCAUUGCGUGCUGGGACACGAACACGGAGUACAACAAGCAGAACAUCAAGAUCGUGGCUCAGAGCGACGAUACGCUCCAGUUCGUGAGCGGACUGAAAAUUGUGAUGAACGGCCGAGGCGAGGAAGAGCUCUGGGUUAUGACCUGCAGAUUCCAGAAGACGAUGACAGGCACGCGGAACUUCCGGGAGCUCAACUUCCGCAUCAUGGCCCUUCAGGUGAAUCAAUUGCUGGGCGGCACGAGAUGCAGCGGCAGGGAAACCAACAGUUUUCAGUUUCCCAGUUUUUGAGCCUCAGUCUUGAUUGAUUGAGAACUAUUUGACGCAGUGAAUAUAUGAAGAAAAUUUGAAAAAUAAAGGUUUUCCCAAAGAAAA